AGAGACGGCGUUGUACGAGCUUCCUCCACGUGAACGUGUGUCUGAGCUGUUGACUAAUUUUAGUAAUUUCUUUCAACGAAAACAUGUUGCGUCGAGAAGUGAGACUGAGGCGAGAGUAUCUGUACAGGAAGGCACAGGAGGACCGCCUUCGGACGAUAGAGGAGAAGAAGCAGAAGCUGAAGGGUGCCCUGGAAGAGAAUCGUCUCCUCCCAACUGAGGUCCGUAAAGAAGCUCUCCAACUUCAGAAACUCCUCGAGUAUGAUGAUGAAGGGGCAGAUGGGGUCAGCUCACACGUGGACGACGAGUACAAAUGGGCUGGAGUUGAAGACCCUAAAAUCAUGGUCACCACGUCCAGAGACCCCAGCUCUCGACUGAAGAUGUUCGCUAAGGAGGUGAAGCUGAUGUUCCCUGGAGCUCAGCGAAUGAACAGAGGGAACCACGAGAUAUCUGCACUGGUGCGGGCCAGCAAAGCCAACAAUGUCACAGACCUCAUAAUCGUGCACGAAACUAGAGGGCAGCCAGACGGUCUGGUGGUCUGCCAUCUUCCAUUUGGGCCCACAGCUUAUUUCACUCUUUACAACGUGGUGAUGCGGCACGACGUUCCAGACAUAGGCACCAUGUCGGAGGCCUACCCCCACCUAAUAUUUCACAACUUCUCAUCCCGGCUCGGCAAGAGGGUGUCCAAUAUCCUUAAGUAUCUGUUUCCAGUGCCAAAAGACGACAGUCGGCGAGUAAUCACGUUCGCCAACCAAGAUGACUUCAUUUCUUUCAGACACCACACCUACAAGAAAACAGAUCACAAAAACGUUGAGCUGACUGAAGUGGGCCCACGCUUUGAAAUGAAGUUGUACAUGAUCAAACUGGGCACCCUGGAGAACGAGAGCACGGCUGAUGUGGAAUGGCGACACCAUGCGUACACACACACGGCCAAGAAACGGCGGUUCCUGAGCAUCGAGUGAAUCCCCCAGAACACAAGCUGUCUACCAUCAAAAUACUCAGUGAUUCAUGGUGCAUACUGGACUAUAUGUGAAGUCAUGUUUUGUAAUAAAAUAUUUCCUAGCCAUUUCUUUCAUGUGUCUUUAUAGAAAUCCCCAACCAGGUCGAAUGUUUUUGAUCUAAGCUUCACUUACAGAAUGUAUUCUGUAAGUCUACUCCUGGUUUGGAAAGUGGCCUGUGUGUGAGCUGUACAAGGAGACGGUGGAGUACUUCUCCAAUAUACCUGGUUUUAUGAGUUGAAUCUCAAAUAUUUCCUUGAAUUAAGUCACACGUCUGUCAGUUGCAAAACAAUCUCUCACUUGUUGUUUAUCAAAAUGUUGUCAAUCAACUGAUGCUUUUUUUUUCUACUCGCCACAUAAGAAAUAACGUGUGACAAUGUUCACUAUAAUUACGCGAACUGUCGUCUAUUUAUCUCACUUGGCCAUU